AUAUAUAAUUUAGGUAUGCGGAUUAAAUGCUCGUUUUGUCAUUUUUUUCUGUCUAGUAGAAUGUCGUAGACGCGUCUAUGCAGUUUGCGCAGUUACGAGUCAAACCGGUUUAAAAACCAGUAUCGCGAAUCCUAUUAAUGUAAAGAAUUUUACUUUUAUUUCCAUCUCUUCAAAAAAUAUCAAAAUGCGCACACUGCCUUUUUUGCGAUAAUUUUAAAUCGCAUUACUUGCAUAACACAUAACUUAAAUCAUAUCCACAACUUUACUGCAUACUUUCAAACGUAAGAUUAUCAUAAAUAUAAUUUUAAAUUCUUAUCACAAUAUGCCUUCAUCUUGUGGUAUUUUACAACAUAAUCUUAUCGUAAUUGAACCAUAUUUUAUAGAAAGAACACGUAUCACAUUCAAGUAAAUACAUGUUUUAUAAAAAGAUACUAGAUCUCUUUAAUUUGCGCUCGGUAAUUUAUAUUCAAAUUCUGACAAUGGCCGAAGGUAGUUUAAUUAUCUUGUGAGAAAUUCUCAGCAGGUGCAGCACAGGUGUACGCUUAUUAUGAACACCAACGUGAUAGAUCAGCCGGUAAAGAAAUUCGGUGUUCCCAGAGAAAGAAAAUUAGUAUCGACGGAAACUUAACCUCUUCGUCGUGGCACGCCGACGAUUCAGUCGCGUACGAAAUGUUAUGGAAAUGUUGUUCCGAGGCCAAAUAACGCUAACUCGAGUAAACUUUCGUCGAGUAUUAAUCUGUCUUACGUAACGAACAGCAUUAUAAUAUUAAUAAUAACGAUAAGAUUACUCCCAUUUAGUCACUUUGCGACGCGAAACAGCGCGUAACGAUGCCUCGGCUUGUGCUGGGAACGAGUGUAGACCACAAACAGACUAGACCGCUCGAACAUUAGUGCCCUGAGCUUGAAACAGGCGCACGGACGUACAGUGAAGUGUAUCUGUUUUUCAAACCUAUCGGUUCCGUUGUAUCUUUGCUACGCCAUAUCUGUUCCACGAUUUCGUCGCAUUGCGUGUCAGUCUACGAUUGAAAUAUGGGCGCUGCUUCAAACGCGACAUACUUAGGGCUUGAUCUCAGCACGCAGCAGUUGAAAGCAGUUGUCGUCGAUAACAAUCUCGCUGUUCUCCAUGAAACCAGUGUACAGUUUGACAAUGAUCUACCAGAAUUUAGAACGUACGGAGGCGUCAUUCAGAAAAAAGCUGAGCCACACGUAGUGGUGGUUCCCACUUUGAUGUGGGUUAAGGCUCUGGACAUGAUUCUCGAUAAGUUGCGCGUGUGUGGCGUCGAUUUUAGCAAGGUGGCCGCUAUUUCCGGAUGCGCACAGCAACAUGGCACAGUUUACUGGGGCAAGGGCAGUCGAAAUCAAUUGCAACAAUUGGAUCCUGCGAAAUUCUUGCACGAACAGCUGGUCACCUCUUUCUCGGUGACAACAUCACCUGUGUGGAUGGAUUCCAGCACCACCAAAGAGUGUAACAUGUUAGACGAGAUCGUCGAUGGCCCAGAAAAAUUGGCGGAGAUAACGGGAUCACGGGCGUACGAAAGGUUCUCAGGGCCUCAAAUAGCAAAAAUAGCACGCACCAGACCGGAAGCCUACAGCAACACUGAGAGAAUCUCUUUGAUUAGCAGUUUCCUGGCUUCCUUGUUUUUCGGCGAUUUCGCGCCGAUCGAUUGGUCCGAUGGCUCUGGAAUGAACUUGUUAAAUAUUCAUACGAAAGAUUGGGAUGACGUCCUAUUAGAGGCUUGCGGUCUUGGUCUACGAGAAAAACUCGGGAAACCAGUUUCCUCGUGCAGCGAUAUCGGUCCAAUUUCGUCCUAUUUCGUCGAAAGAUUUGGCUUCGACGAGGCAUGCCGUGUAAUUGCGUUCACGGGCGACAACUCAGGUUCUCUAAUAGGAAUGAGACUGAAAGAAGGAGAUAUCGCUUGCAGCUUGGGGACAAGUGAUACUCUGUUCUUAUGGUUGAACAAACCGAAAACUGCUUUAGAAGGACACAUAUUUUGCAAUCCUCUUGAUGAUAACGCUUACAUGGCUUUACUUUGCUUCAAAAAUGGAUCUUUGACUCGCGAAAGAAUACGCGACAGUGCGGCGCAGGGCUCUUGGCAAAUCUUCAACGAGCUACUGGAAAGUACGCCGCGGGGAAAUUUUGGAAAUUUAGGUUUAUACUUCGAUGCACAAGAGAUUUUGCCAUUUGUCAUUGGUGAUCAUCGAUUCAAUAAAGCGAACGAAGAGAUAUCGCGUUACAGUUCAAAGGAGGUGGAAGUAAGAGCCUUGAUCGAAGGGCAAUUCGUUGCAAAAAGAGCUCACGCUGAAGAUUUUGGUUUCGUCAUAGGGCCAAAUACACGUAUUAUCGCGACAGGAGGUGCAUCCACAAAUAAAUCUAUACUUCAAGUUCUUUCCGAUGUUUUUAAUUCACCAGUAUACAUAUCGGAAGUAGCUAAUUCGGCUAUGAUGGGUGCAGCCUAUCAAGCAAAACAUGGUUUAUUGCGAAAUGAAUCCAACUUUGAUGAGAUAACACGCUGCUUACCAGAACCGACACUUGUAUGCCGUCCUUAUAAUGAUGCAGAAACAAUAUACAAAUCAAUGGUUGCACGUUACCGAAAGAUCGUAGAGAAAAUUAAAAAUAAGACAAGUACAAAACAAACUAUAUAAAGGCUAUACAUGAAUAACACAAGAGCAUUUAAAAAAAGAGGCCUUCAUUAAUGCAUCAUAUUAGCUGAAAAUUUAAAAUAAUUGCUGCAUUUAGAGCAGUUUAAUAUUGAUGAUAUUUAUAGUUUUAUUCUAAAAAAUUUUUAUACGAUGCUUUUUCUGCAAUUUUUAGAGGCUUGCUCUUAAAAUUCCCGUAAUGACACUACUUCGAUUUUAAUAAAUGAAUCAAAGGUACUAGAAAUAUCUUGAAUCUCCUAUGCAAACAGCAAUGCUUUUUUAAGAAAUUACUAAGAACCAUUAAAAUGGAAGUAAAAAUACAAAAAAACAUAUAAAUAUUAUUUCGAAUAUUUAUAUUCGAAUAUUUCGAAUAUAUUAAAUAAUCUAGCUAAUUACAAAUCACUAAUACCUUAAUGAUAAAAGUACAAGAUAACCUAAGUGCAAUUCCUAAAAUGAAAGAACUAAACUUAUGUAUAAAAUAAUUUUGUAUUUGUAUAUUUAUAAAUUUUAUUAAUUAUGUAUUAUUAAUUUAUUAAAUGCUAACUUAUUAUAAAAUUAAGAUAAAAGUUAUAAUAAAAAAAAUUUAACUUAA